AUGAAUUUGCAGGGAGAGGUACAAGACCCACAGGACAACCGAAGGGGAGAAAUAAAAAACAACAACAAAACAGCUUUGCUGGCUCCUGAUGGCGAUGCCAAUGCCAACCAAAUCCCCAUACAGGGGCCCCAUACAGAGGAGAGAGGCACAGAGGGUGGCAGCCCCCUGCCCCCACUUGUGCCUCAGAAUGAGGCUCAGGACAGUAGCAUUAUUUGGGGGACACAUUCCCAGUGCGACGACCCUGAGCUGGAAGAGUUUGAGUUGCUAGAGUGCCAGGAACUAGAGGCUUUCAUUGUUGAGAAGAAAAGAGGGAAAAAUUGUGAGAACCCCAGAGAUGGCACAAUGAAAGACUUGCUCCUUGAUGGACAGUCUGUGCCUGCUUCCACUUAUGUUGCCCCCAGUCUGAAAAGGAGAGACCAGAACGACAACCAUAGUACAGAGGGACAGGACCCUGAGGAAAAUGUGCAACCUCUGGAUCUCAGGACCACGGUUUCUCAGUCAGGGAGAAGAAGAGGCCUGAGGGAAACUCGAAGCGGUUCUGAAAGUAACGUGUUUGUAUCCUGCCUUUCAACGGUGCCCAACCUUUCAGGAAGCCUGGCCAGUGCCCUGGACAGUGCUGGACGGUCACAGCCUCUUAGCGCCAUUUCUCAGUCCAUCCAGCCUACCUCAGCCCGAGGCAGAGGCCAACAGUCUGCCCCAGAUCAUUCUGUCUUCCCAGUUGAAAGAAGCAGGGAGCAGUCCAGCUAUGUGGACCAAAACCACAACUCCACAACACUGCCUCAGGAACUAGGCCCACCACAACACGACCGCAGUCGGCCUCUGAAGAGAGCUUCACACCGAGAUGGUUCAAUGCAGCUAACCAGUGAAAAUGGGAGUCCACCCAAUGGGCAGGGUAUCAAAGAUCAAAGGUCUAGCAAGCUACCUGCCAGAACAGAUUAUGAGCAGGACAAACAGGGUAAUGGCAUGUCUUUUGAGCUCAGAAAAAGCCUCGAAAGAGUCCUGCCAUGCCGCCGGCAACUUGUACAACCAUUCUCUCCUGAGACAGGACAAGGGCUACACUCAGGACAAGUUUACAUGGAAACCCAAUCAGGAUGCCGGCCCUCCUACCCCUCAGAAAUAGGUUACAACAUCAGCAGCCCACAGUCAGCCCUCAAAGAACCAUUGAACAUUGACAGUAAUCAUCAAUUUGCCAGCAAAGGCUCAGGAACUCUGUCCUGUCAGCCAUCUGGCAGGGAGGCCCAGAGUAUUAGGAGGCAAGGUGCACGGGAUCGAACUGCAAGCCCUUCCAGCCUGGAGAGAAGAACUCAGUUGAGCCACAGACCCUGUGGAAGCCCUACAAGAGCCCCAACCCCUCCAUGCCCAAAAGCCACAGGAUCACCACGCAAACAUCCCCCAUUUUCCCCUGUAAAGACUUUGAACACACGGACACCGCAGCUUGGGUACGGUAGCGUCUCUCAGGGUUACGGCACAGGCCUCAGAACCCCUGUGAAGACCACACUGAACAGCAACAUUCAAAAACCUCUCCUCCAACAAGGUCCAAAUGAGAAGUCUCCCCCACCCAAGUGCCCCCCAAAGCCCAAAAGUGUUCGGCCAAAAAUCAUCACCUACGUUCGCAAGAGCCCACAGACGAAGCCCCAGUCUUUGGAUGGCCCUUAUGAAGUUUCUUCCUUGCCUUCAAGGCUUUCAAACACCUACACCAGCACACAGGCACCCAAAACAGGAGGAGACCCUGGAACAACUGCCAUACUCAGUGCCUCCAACCUCUUGUACGACAAGUACCGACAGGAAAUGCAAAAGGGUCGGCUGUUCUCCUCCCCCGGACUGGUGGCUUCGGGAAUCAAACCUCCCAGCCACACCAUGCCCCACAAAUUGACCAGCAGGGCAGAUAGUUUCUACGGUUCGCUGAACAAGUACCAGCCUGCAAUGACAAGCAGAUCUCCAGGCAGCUUUGGGAAUCAGGGCCAGGUUCCGGGAGCAGAGAACCCCUCAGGACCACAGACGGGUACACGUGGGACAGAAGGGCUUUUUCGUCCACAGCGGGCACUGAGACCCCAGCUUGGCCUGGGGGCCGUAACCAGGGCCCCAUCAACUGCUGCCAAAAACAGGGUACAACUAACAGGUCAGAAGUCACCUUUGACCUUCAGUCAGCCAGUGGAAGCAGUGAACCCGUCCACACAAAGCCAUCAGCAACCCUCAGACCAGAGGAAAACUACCCCAGGUCUGGCUACAAAAUCUCAGCUGACCAAGCCAGCCCAGACAGGUUUACGACCCCCAGGCUUCACCCGCCUGCCCCCACCCCGACUGGCCGCCUUCGGUUUCGUCCGCAGCUCCAGCGUGUCCUCGGUGUCCAGCAACCACUCCAUAGACAGCACUCGUAGUGACCCCUGCCGACCCGCUUACCGUCCUGGCAGUGUGGGUGAAGACCCACCAUUCCACAGAGUCGCCACUCACUCCUCUACAGAUGGCCCCCGAACCCUGUGCCGCACCAACCCUCUGCCCCCAAACACGCCGGCGCCCGUCCGCCGCUCCCUGCUGCCCCCAGCCCAGGCCUCCGCUGGAACCUCGUGUAAGGAAUUCCAGAAAAAUCCUGACGUUUCCCGCCCGGCCGUUUCCUCCCCAAAGCGUUUGGCGGUGGUGUCACCAAAGCCUCAGUCUCCGGUUCUCCAAAGGCACAGAGCACCAGUGUCUGUGCGUUGCCAGGGGAACGCUUUGGGUCACGGCGUAGAGAGAAGUGGGUCUCCCGGGCGUGGCAGCCAGGCCAGGCUGGACAAGCAAAAAGAGAAAGAGCAGCAGGAGCAACAGGAGGAGGUGCUGCUCCUGCAGGGCCGCUGUGAGGAGCAGGCCAAGCAGCUACAGCUCCUGCAGGCGGAGCUGAGGAAAACCACGCUGGGUUUGGAGGCCCUGGCCCUCUGUACUCAGCACUUCUGCCUGAAGAAUGAGAAUGCCGUUGAGAGGGAGAAGGAACUGACCUCAGAACUCAGCAGGAUCAGAGAUGAAGUGGCCACUAACACAGCCCGCUGGGAGCGUCUGCAGAAAGAGAGGGCUGACCUGGAGCAAAAGUUUGAGCGGGAACUUAAAGACCUGCAGGUGCAGCAGGAGGCGGAGCUGGCAGCAUUGGAGGAGGACCUUAGGGCCCGUCAUGCUGCUGACAAAGACCACCUUAAGGCAGAGCACCAAUCAGAGGUCGAGGAGCUGCGCACUCAGCAACAAGAACAGAUUGAGGAGUUAACUAUAAACCACGAGUCCGCUCUGGAGGACCUGAGGACCAUGCACAAUAUCACCAUGGCGACAAUGCAGGAGGAACAUGCCAGAACAAUGAGAGACUUGAGAAGAGCCCAUGAGCAACAAAAGGCUUCUCUAGAGCAGGACUUUGAGAAAUUGAGACUUUCUCUCCAGGAUCAAGUGGAUACGUUGACAUUCCAGAACCGGAGUCUGAGAGACAAAGCCAAGCGCUUUGAGGAAGCUCUGAGGAAGAGCACAGAUGAACAGAUAGUGGAUGCCCUGGCUCCAUACCAGCACAUUGAGGAGGACCUGAAAAGUCUGAAGGAGGUUCUGGACAUGAAGAACCAGCAGAUCCAUGAUCAAGAGAAGAAGAUUUCUGAACUGGAGAAAAUGCAGGCCCAAAAGAAUGUGUAUCUGGAGGAACAGGUCCAAGUGCUCCAGCAGCAGAACGAGGACCUGAAGGCCCGUGUUGACCGCAAUCUGGCUCUGUCCAGGCAGCUGUCGGAGGAGAACGCUAACCUGCAGGUCUACGUGGAACGGGAGAGCAACGAGAAGAAACGGCUGAGCAGGAACAACGAGGAGCUACUGUGGCGUCUCCAGACGGGAGACCUGAGUCCUCGCAUGUCUCCGUCCUCCUCUCCCAUCCACAGAGCCUUUUUCGCCGAUCAAGACAUCCCCCCGUACCCUUACUCUCCGAGCCCCAGCACUCCCACUCACUGUUACUCGCCCGGGCCCUGUAAUACCCCCCCGCACAGGAGCGUGUCCCCUGGACCGGGGACACCCCCACACAGAAAUUCACCAGCCCGAGCCUCCCCCGCCCGAACCCCCAACGCCAACACACUUCCCAGAUGA